GAAUAACCCACAAUCAGUGCAUUGAUAUUCCUUGACCAUGAAUGAAGGCAUUUGGAUAUUAGCACAAUGCGUGUUAUAACCAGAUAAUUUUUUGAUUUCCAAACAUGUAAUGGCAGAUGAAGACCUGGAAAAGGAUCAGUAUAAAAUUUGGGUCCGCGGUGUAAAGGGUUUAGAGUACUUACAGGAAGGACUUCAAGCCUUUGUUGAAGGUAAAGUGCAGCUUUGUCGUAACCAAUCCUUACAAAAAGUAACAAAUGGCUUGCCAACAGGAUCGGUGCGUCAGUGCAAUCAGUGUACGGCUCAAAAUCUUUUGCCUGAACACGCGAAAAAGAAGAACGCCUGUAACAGAAACACAUGCUUUGAAAAAUUCCCAAAUAACUGCUUUGGUAGUAAACCAAACGGUCGUAGAAAAUGCCCGAAUGGAAUAUGCAGUAAAUUAUAUGAUGAAAUCGUACUAGACCAUUCCUCAAGAGAUCCGCUUUGGAAGAACACAGAUCCAAGUACUUGGUGUUCGGAUCCACUCGGAUGGAGCUUCGGAAAAUGUUUCCAAACAACAACAAACUCAUGUACAUCAGCUAGCUCAACCGAUGCUGCCGGACUCCUUAGCAUUAUUAUCAAUAACCUAAUGAUACAGAACAACUGGCUGGCGUGCAAUGACAUGUCAUCAAAAAUAGCGUGCCCUUUUAACAGGGCGAGAGACAUUCGUAAUGAAAUUCUGCAUAGUUCAAAACUCGAACUUGAUGACCCGACGUUAGGCUAUUAUUUAGAUACAUUCAUAACAGUCCUUCAAGAUGCAAAAUGUCUACGCAACUGCGAUGGAUCGAAACAAGCUGUUAAUAAACUAUUACAGUUGAAAAAUCAUCAGAUCAAUAUUAGCCAAAAGGAGGAAACAAGACUAGAACAAAAUCGGAUAGAGGCAUUGUCUGAACUAGAGGAGAAGACAGCAGAGGGACUGCACAAAAUUGACGAAAAAACUGCAACGGCAAAGUCUGAUUUAGAAGAGACAAGGCGUGUAGAAGAACAGAAGAUUAGGGAUCAAACGAAAGCUUCUUUAUCUGAAAUAGAGGAAAGGACUGCAGAUGGACUGCACAAAAUUGACGACAAAACUGCAAGUGCUGGAUUAACUCCACAUCUAUCAGCAGCGGAAGAUGUGUAUCUUAGACAGAAAGAAGUCCUGAGAGACGAUUUAGUAACAUUCUACAAAGACAGGCACAGUUCUAUACCCCUUUCACCGCUGCUUGAGGAGUACGACACUCCCCUGGUAGAUUUUUACGUCUUACCACAAAUGAAUUCCAUUGAAGUGCCGAACAAGUUUUCGGGAAAGGAAGAGAUUAAAACCCCAAUCACUUUGUCGGACAUGUUCAAUUCGGGAAGCAAACGGAGUCGUGAAAUAUAUUUAAUUGCUGACGCCGGUUUGGGGAAAACUGCAUUUUCAAAAUACCUUGCUGUAACGUGGUGCCAGGCUCAUUGUCCAGAAGAGAACUUUGAAACAUAUUUCCCAGAAGAUGCAAUAGAUGCAAUGCGAGAAUUCGACUUUUUAUUUCUGGUGUUGUUACGGGAUUCUUCUAAGGGCUGCAGUAUUGAUGAUUUGAUAAAAAAUCAAAUUAUGCAAAAUUUAUCUCUUUCAUGCACAAUGGCAAUAUGUUCUCUACAGACGAUCCUACAUCAUGAAAGAUGUUUAGUAAUUAUCGACGGACUCGAUGAGUGGACCCAUCCUGGGGUAAAAUGUGAAAGGGAACCAGAAGCAAUCCCUCAUCGUAACGCACGUAAAAAGUGCACAGUCCUGACAACGACGAGGCCUUGGAAAUUAAGUGUCAUUAAUCUCAAAACUAGUCAAAUAGAUAAGAAAAUAGAAUUAGUAAAACUAACCUCACAGUCAGCACAAACGUUGAAGGAAAGGGCAAUUUCAAAAAUAAAAAAUCUAAAUGUUUCUGAUGCAAAACUCUUGGCAGAAGCCUUUGAUACAGAAAUAAAGAAGAAACAACUUGAGGAUCUGGAAUCCGAUCCCCUCCUUUUGAUGUAUCUUAUUUGUUUAUGGUGUGACGAUCUUCCUCUAGGAAAGUCAAAGAGUGAACUGUAUACAAACAUUAUUGAACUCCUGCUGUCAAGAACAGUUAACAAGUACCCGGACCUAGAUAAAACAUGCGAUUCAUCCCAGAGUGAUAUCCCACAAUUCUGGAGUGAACACGUACAUUGUAAGAAAUAUUACGCGCUUCUGAAAGCUUCAGGAAAAUUGGCAUUUGACACAUUAUUCAGUAAACAACGUGAAAGCACGCUGGUAUUUAGUCAGUCGGUCGCUGACUCGUAUCUAAACAAAGGUGAUUUGAAUUUAUGUCUUCUCUCAGGAAUACUAACACAAAGUAAGGAAGUAAAAUUAAUCAUAAAAAGUUUUAAACUUUCGUUUUCCCACAAAACUGUACAAGAAUAAUUCUAUGCA